AUGGCAAAGAACAUCGACUCGUUCGAACAACUUACGACCCGAAUUGGACGUCUGCAGAUGAGAAGAUGUGGCCCAACACCAGCUUUGACUAUCUUCGUCGCUUACGCUCCAACAUCAAGCUACAAAGAAGAAGAAGUCGAAGCUUUCUAUAUGGAACUGGAGAAAUUCUACCGAGAAGAUCAUGCCUUCUACAAGGUCAAGAUUGGCGAUUUCAACGCCAAAGAAGAACGACGGAGGAACUACACAUCCGAACCCACGGCCUACAAUGGAACGACCAGGGGGAGGGCCUCUCCGAGUUCAUCAUGA